GUGAACUCUAUCAUACUCUCUCACACAUUUAUAACAAAGUAAAAAAAGAAUAAUUAUUAAAUUACGUAGUUUUACAAACAAUAUCCUAUAGCAACCCGUUACUAUAUUCAUUUUAAAACGCACUUAGUUACCUAUACAAAGAUAUAAAAGCCUUGCAUAUCGUGUUACUUUCAACUAGAAUUCAACAAACAAUACAACUGAAAAAUUGAACAAUAAAGAAAGAAAAAUGGCUCGAUUACCACCCGAUAGUUUUAGUCAAAUGAUUGCCUCUAUUGCAGUUGUUUUUGGUGUAAUAGCUUUAAUACUUGCUUGUGUUGGUAUUGGUACACCGAGAUGGUAUUCAGCUUUUGUCUCAACUGGUACUGGAACAUAUGCAAAAACUAAUAGUGCUAACUUUUUCUAUACAUGUGAUGUUUCAACGAGCGGCGUAACAAACAAUUGUACAAAUCGUGAUAGCAGUCUCUAUGGCUAUCCAGGAUAUAGUUCAUCAAAUGCAUGGAUGACUGAUUACAACCAACGUAUGCAGAAUGCCGGUUCUCUAUGUAUUGUUGGUAUUCUCUUUCUUACUUUUGGCAUAGUGGCUACAUCGAUUAUGGCACUUCGUUACUUUUCUGCAUGGGCUACUUCUAUUCCACCAGCAUUAUUCUUUCUUGCAUGUCUUUUUAUGCUUGCAGGUAUGGCUGAAGGUGCUCGUUAUCUUCUUUAUAAUGAUUAUUCAGCUAAUCUGUAUCAAACAGCUCAUUUACUUACUAUGUUCGCUCUCGCUUUGACUGCUUUUGCUGCUGGUCGUGUUCAUUUCUCGCGCCGAACCGAAGCUGGUCACAAUACUCCUCAUAAUGUUGCUUGA